UUCAUUAUAUCUGAGAUCCAACAAAACGAAAGUAAACUCAACAAGACUUGUGUUGUUUGAGAAGCUUCCGUUUGCCUUUCUGUUGGUGUAAAAGACCCAGGGCGAGGUACCGGUCACACUGGAGGAGGAACCCUCUGCAUCUUGCCGGCGUGCCGUCAAAGCGCUCCGGGAGUGCCCGGGGUAUCCUGUGGAAAGCCUUGGAUGAAACGGUGGAUUGUGCUGGUAUAGGCGCUGGUGCUGAAUCCGUGGCUGACCUCCGGAACAGUGGUGCCUAGAAGGCUGGUGAUGUAGACCUCCGGAACAGUGGUGCCUAGAAGGCUGGUGAUGUAGACCUCCGGAACAGUGGUGCCUAGCAGGCUGGUGACGUAGACCUCCGGAACAGCAAAAUGUCAUCCUUUCUCCUGUAGAAUCUGAGCAUUAACAAUUACAAUAUGAAUAUGUUUGCCCAAGCCGCAAAAGCCUUCGUAAAGGACACAGAUCCUGAAGGAUCCCUAAUUCCUUCGUCCAGACUACAUGAAAACCUGAACAUCUACUCACUAAUCUACAAGAAGCCCCGUUACUGGUUUCAAACAAAAGAGAAAUACGAGUCCCUUCACUUCACCUUCAGUAAUGUGCUGAAUACUGAAGGUCACGAAAAUACCCUUUCAGGCAUGGUUAUCACGGCUGCUGAUGAAGUGGACUGGCAUAUGACAAGCAACAACAAGAAGAAUUGUAGCGUAGAUGGAAAAGUGGAAACAGCGCUGGCUGAUGGCGAAGUUAGAUUGGGAGGAAACAGUUCCACCAUACAAGAAUUCAAAAUUAUGACGAAAAAAGAAGCUGUGGAUUUGGACAAGUUUAAGAACUUCUGUCAAAACAAGGAACUGGACAUGGAACACGAUGUGAUCAAGCAGGCUUCUAAAAAGCAGCCCUUGAAGACCAGGCCAGUAUUAGGCGUGUUGACGGAGAGGAUUUUGACAUCAAAACCUUGCCAGUUCAACAGCAGCAGCCUGAUGUCCGGUAGUGUGACAGGCAGACUGCAGGCCUGUUUAAAGGGGACUUUUAACCCAAGUGUCAGUGCAAAUAGAGACAAUGAAAAAUGGCUGACUAUCCAAGAAAAUACUGUUAUCGCCUACCGUUUGAAUGAACUGAAGAUCAAACCCAGUGGAAAGUUUGUUGUCUCAUUCACCAAAAACCAAAAAGGGGGCUUUGUGAACGAGUAUGAAGAGGAUGGAGUGGACUGUGAUGUCCAGUCCCCCCCAAACUUGAACCAAGAACUGCAACGCUUAAGCACUCAUUUUGACCUGCUGUCUGAACUGAAGGACCCUUUGCUCAAGAUCCUCCAGGAAACUAUCAUGAACAAUAGAGAGAAGGUCAGCAUUCUGGAGAAUGAGCUGGAUCUGUUGAGUGAGAAUCCUGACCUGGUUGUUCCAAAAGAUUGGGUGGCAGUUAAGGAUAUUGACAAACUACUAGUGGGUUAUAAAAAUACAACCAGAUCCACCAUUUUCCGUGCCAUCCACCUCAUUGUCAGUGCCAUUGAUGAAAUGAAGGACGAUUGUAUCUCUACAUUAUCCUGUAGCAGUUGUGAAGAGUUAAAAACCCUGCAGUUCCUGGUCCAUUGCAUGGCAGAGAGUGUAGAGUCUGUCUGUCUGAGUGAUCCAGUCCUGGCUGUUCUAACUGAGAACAUGUUUAGGAGAGCAGUGCUUCUCUUUGACCAGUGUGAUGUCACACUGAGAAAAGAUGGGAACAAGCUGAUGAUUGAGAUAAAGAACCAGUCUGGAAACCUUCCUCUUGUCUUGAGCAUUGCUGUGAAGGGCCUGGCCUCUCUAGUCUAAGAAGUGGGAGGAGGAAUUAAUUAAUUAAUUAAUUAAUUAAAAAGAAGAAUAAUAAUAAUAAUCGUAAUCACUGUAUCAGAAUCGGUUGGGGACCAGAGAAACAGAGGAAGAUGAACAGAAUAAAGAGGAAGACAAAUAGGAAGAUGAACAGAAUAAAGAGGAAGACAAAUAGGAAGAUGAACAGAAUAAAGAGGAAGACAAAUAGGAAGAUGAACAGAAUAAAGAGGAAGACAAAUAGGAAGAUGAACAGAAUAAAGAGGAAGACAAAUAGGAAGAUGAACAGAAUAAAGAGGAAGACAAAUAGGAAGAUGAACAGAAUAAAGAGGAAGACAAAUAGGAAGAUGAACAGAAUAAAGAGGAAGACAAAUAGGAAGAUGAAAAUUAUGAAAUUUUUUUGAUGAAACAUCUUUUGAUGCUAACUGUGAAUGCUUCUUAAUGUGUUUCUUUGUUUGCCUUUUUCUUUUCAUUGUUGAAAUGCAGGUCUCACAUGUAAAAGAGGCCUUGCUCUCAGCUUGAUUUUCCUGUAUAAAAUAAAGGAAUUCUAAAUCAAAUUUCUACAACACUAAACAUCUACCAUUGUUAGUUUUCCAACAAAUAUGAAGUGAACUUGAUAAAAGGGCUAAAUAUCUCACUCUAGUGGUAAGAAGUGAUUUACAUAUAACAAUCAUUGCAGAUUCAUUCUGCAAAUAUAAGAUGCACCAUUGUACAAUGUUGGAAACAUUAAAUUGUCUCUCUGCAUUGGUACCAGUUUACCAGCAUAUUUGAAAGAUCAAAUCACUUUUCAACUCCCACACUACUCCUUUAAUCAACAGCCACAUUUAGAAAUACAAGGCAAGCUAUUGUAAAUAGAAAGGCCCAACUGUUUUGACUAUUUCAGGGCAUGAAAUUAAUAGAAAUAUUUGAUUAAUAGAAAUAUGGAUAUAUUUCUAAAUAAUGUAGAUUGUGUGUAUGUAUA